GUAAGAUGUAAGAUGAAGUACCUGUUGUAACCGGCUACAUGGCAACAUGGUAAGUACCUAGCGGGUCGGUUACUAGGUAAACAUUCAAUGUUCUACGCAUAGUAUGUAGUUGGGAUUCACCUUUAGAGUUUCAUGCUAUCAUUCCUCCACUUCGCAUACUCCUUAUCCCCAUUUGUCCCCAUAGAAACUAACCUCGUACGUGAAUAUCCUCGUGGCUUUUACGCUGCUGCUAAGCUCGUGUUAGUGAAUGAUUUCUCUCACAUGGCCUACAUUUUCCGGAUUUGACCUCUUCUACCAUAUUAUCCUAGCAAUAUACCUUGCUAUAUUCUUUUUCCUUCAUGCCAAUCACAUUCGAUCUCUUAUCCUAACCAUGGCCGACAUGAUGAAUCCACAGACACCGCCAAGGAAGUUAUUCAAGCCUUCCAGCAAAACUAAAACGCCAACCCCCGUGAAAAGACAAAGACCAAUCACUCCCGCGGCCUCGAGUACUCAGUCCCACGAGGUCCUCACCCCCACCGAGACUAUUAGUCGGAGCACAGACAGACCUGGCGCCUUGGAGACAGAGGACCCCAUCGACGGUUCAACCGAAGAGGGUAGUGCUUCGGACCAAACGAUCAGCCCAGCUAAAAGCAUUGCUGGAAAACCUCGAGAGUUUCUUAGCUCCUCAACCGACGAUCUGCCCGAACCUUCCAAUCCCACAGAUGCCCUCAAUUCACCAAUAGACAUUGCGAAAUACUUUUCUGAACAAGGGAACUCCGAAAUGAGUGCUUUCGUAUCAGCGUUAUCUGGCAAGACUUCGAGUGACGGUGCGAUUGACCCUGCUAAGGGAGCAUUGCAUGGCUCUAAUAAGAUGAUGAGCCACGUCACCAGCGAGUUACCGAAUAACGUACCUAGCCCAACUAAGGAAUUACCAAGAGACGACACACUAAUAAUUCCGCCCAAAAGCCGGACGCGGGAAACUCUCGAGGAGCCAAAGACAUCGGAUCUUGUGAAUCUUACCGAGGCAUCUACCGAAGUAGAUAUACCUGAAACGGCGAAUUCGAGUCAAGGCUUCAAUGAGAAAAUGGCAAAUAUUUCAACCCCUACAGACGCUUCGAAGAAAGCAGAGGGGAAUACGAACGACGCCAAAGCCCAAAUGUCAGGCACUACGCCAAUCAAUGUGAUUGGCGAACCUGAUAUAUCUAGCAUCUCGAAGGAGGCACAUAUUGGAGUACAAGGCAGUGAAAUGAAGCGGAACGGUGGUGCUCGAAACAUUGGAGAGAGCAUCGACCAGAAAGCGAAUACUAGAGAUUUAGAAAUGAUGAAUGAUGGGACCCAGAUCGUGGACAACAUGGGUAAUCCUGCACACAUUGAACGAAGGAUUGAAAUACCUCUCACUCGCCCUGAAAAGGUAGUGAACAGUCCCCCUCAACCGACAACGCCCGAUAUGAAGAAUAUCGCAUCUGGUCUGUAUGACCCUAACGAACUUCCUGGGACGCAAGGUCUACCAAGCACCGAUAGUCUGCCCGGGCUCCCUGACGAGCUACAAGAUCCACCGGAAGAAGUAUUGGAUCCUUCGGUCCAUUCUCCGUCCUCCAAUGUCUCACCUAUUCCGAAGAUCCCAAAGAUUACACCAAUCGGCGUGGAACCACCCCCCGACUUACGCCGUCUCGCAUAUGGUCUUGGCGGUAAUGUUAUCGACGACGUUGGCAAUAUCAUAGAUGCGUCGGAGACAGUGCUUGGUCAUGUUACAGGCGACCUACCUGCUAUGGUAGGCAGGAAAGUCGCAGAUAACGGCGAGGUAUAUGGAGAUGGCGGCGAGCUCAUAGGAUAUGUCUCAGAAAAUUUUAUCAGCCCACCUCCUCCUACGGACAUACCUGAAAAGGUGCUAGGAGGGUUGAAAGUGGAUCACGAGGGCAACAUUCUCGAUAAUAACGGCAACAUAAUCGGCCGCUUUAAUGAGAAGGCUGGAGAGAACGACGACUUAGCACCAUUCAUAAAGCCAUCCAAAAUGGGUGAAUCUGAACCUGAUGAUGAGCCUCAAGAAGAGAAGAAACCGAAGGUUAACGCUCACACAGGUGGGAGCCCUUCUGAUAUCUUCUUAGAUGUCAAGUCUACAACAGACGGUAUCCAACUAACCAUUCGCAUCCCGACAACAUUUGGGAAAAGGCCGCAAGAUCCGUGAAUAUUUAUUUGUUUACUGCCUACCUAGCUGCUUAGGCAUACAUAGUAAUCUGGGUUGGAAAAUGCAUAAGGUGGAGCGAUUUUGGCGGAAUAUGAUACCUUGGUCCUUGGAUCUUUUUCAUUUGACAGCGUCCGCGACUGCAUCGUGUAUGAGUAGGUAAUAAUUGAAUUUGCCCAAUUACCUUGCAUACACAUCAAUAGGUACCUAGGUAUCUACCUACUACAUAUUAGGAUGAAUGCCA